CUCAAUCUUAAUUUAACUGGGAGAAUUGGUUGAAAUUUCGAUUUAACAGUAGAAACGUCCAAGCCAUCGUUCAUGUUAUAAUUUCCAGUCAAACAUACCAACACAUGCUUUUUUACAGCCAUAUUAAACUCGUUCAGGUUGCUGCCUUCCGGGACCUUCUUCAUACAUGCAACAUCAACAAAUCAUAUUUUCACAAUCCAUUUCCUGGUCGAUGAUGACAGUAGAGGGCGGAGUCGAGGAGCAGGACAGGUGAAUAAUACAGCGCUCAUCUGAGGAGUGUUCAUUCAUUCAUGCAGCACUAGAGAGAGUGAAGAUGAGCAACUGGAUUAUCAAUCAAGGGCUCAGCGCCUUCAUCUUGGUGGUGUGGAUGGGCAUCAACAUCUUUCUGUUCGUCUACUUCUACUUAUUCUAUGAUCUAGGACCGCAAUUUGAGUACACUCGUGAACUUUUAGGGUCUGCAUUGCCUUGGGCCAGAGCUCCAGCUGCUGUACUCAACUUCAACUGCAUGCUGAUAUUGUUGCCAGUGUGCCGAAACCUGCUGUCUCUGCUCCGCGGCUCCUUUAUAUGCUGUGGCAGAACAAUGAGGAAACAGCUGGACAAAAAUCUGACUUUCCACAAGCUGGUUGCUUACAUGAUUGCCCUAAUGACAGCGGUUCACACUAUCGCUCAUUUGCUUAAUGCGGAGUGGUACACAAACAGUUUCCAAGGUCGAUACGGGCCUCUUGCCACUAAACUGUCCAUGCUCGGUGACUCUCGUGAAUUAAAUACCACUUACCUGAAUCCCGUUCGCUCCAAUUCUACAACUCCAACGAUUUUGGUAUUCACCACUAUUGCGGGUCUCACAGGAGUCGUCAUAACUCUUGCCCUCAUCCUCAUGAUCACUUCGUCAAUGGAAGUCAUUCGCAGAAGCUAUUUUGAGGUCUUUUGGUACACACAUCACCUCUUCAUCGUUUUCUUUGCUGGCUUAGUUUUCCAUGGUGCAGGACGCAUUGUGCGAAGUCAGCAAGUGACCGAUCCACCUCACAAUAAUUCCUUAUGCGAAAAUCAGCUAGAGAACUGGGGGAAAACUGCUGAUUGUCCAGUUCCACAAUUUGCAGGAGGGUUUCCGCAGACCUGGAUGUGGGUAAUUGGACCAAUGAUAAUUUAUCUUUGUGAGCGGCUGCUACGUUUCAUUCGCUACAUGCAGCCUGUCAGUUAUAGGAAGAUUGUAAUCCGCCCAUCCAAGGUGUUGGAGCUACAGCUGGUGAAGCCUGGAUUCAAGAUGCAAGUCGGCCAGUAUGUGUUCCUCAACUGUCCAGCCAUCUCUCAGCUGGAGUGGCACCCAUUUACCAUGACAUCAGCCCCAGAAGAGGACUUCUUUAGUGUGCACAUACGCUUAGUUGGAGACUGGACCGAAAAGCUCAUUAAGAUGGUUGAAAACCUACCAGAGGGUGGGCAAGGACCUAAGAUGGCUGUGGAUGGCCCGUUUGGAACUGCGAGUGAGGAUGUAUUUGAUUAUGAGGUCAGCAUGUUGGUGGGUGCCGGGAUUGGUGUGACCCCAUUUGCCUCUAUCCUGAAGUCGAUUUGGUACAAGUUUAAAGAUUCUGACCCCAAACUACGAACAAAGAAGAUUUACUUCUACUGGCUGUGCAGAGAGACAUAUGCCUUUGAGUGGUUUGCAGAUCUCCUACAGGUCCUUGAGAAAGACAUGGAGGAACGAGGAAUGAGGGACUUCCUCACAUAUAAACUCUACCUCACCGGAUGGGACCAGAGUCAUGUAAACCAUGCAAUGGUGCAUUUUGAUAAAGAGACCGAUAUCAUCACCGGUCUAAAACAAAAGACUAGUUAUGGCCGACCGAACUGGGAUAGAGAAUUUGAACAAGUUCAGCAAGAGAACCCAUCGUCUGUGGUUGGAACUUUCUUGUGUGGCCCACAAGCCUUAGCAAAGGACUUGGAGAAGAAAUGUGUGAAAUACUCUGAUGUGGAUCCACGGAAAACCAAGUUUUACUUUAACAAAGAGAACUUCUGAGGAAAUGUUUCACAGGAAACCUAAUUCUUUUGAAGGAUUUGUGCACUAGGGACUGUGCUCUUCAGCAGUAUCACGAUUUGCCAUUUCUUGAAUCUUUACAUCUAAAUGAUUCUGCAUUGCUGUAACAAGAAAAAUGACACCCUUCAUCCCGGAAAGUGAACAAAUUGCUGGAAGGGACUAAUUCCGUGUCAAAAGUCCACUCAUUGUAUUUUUUUUUAAGUUUGGCU